CAAAAUUCAAAACCCAGCUCAGCGAAGUAAAUUCGGAAGCAAAAGAUAAGAUGGUGGCGGUGGCGCCAAUGUUGUUCGCCGGCAGCAGCCGUAUCCUCGGUGUUCCGGAUACGGCGAGUGCGGUUCCCAUAUCAGUUAACAAACACCUCAACAAGCAUGAAUUUGGUUGGUGUUGUCGCAUUUCAAAUGACAGUAACGCCAUCAGUGAAACAGUAACCUACCCGAAGUAUGAUCGACUUCUUCCAUGUCCUUCACACAAAAUUCCACCGAGAAUUGAACACUUGGUUGUUUCACAAGAAGGACCUGUUUUACAAUACAUCUGUAAAGCUUUGGAUCUUCCUCAUUUGUUUGUUGCAGAUCUGAUUCAAUUCGGAGCUGUGUAUUUCGCUCUUGUUUCUCCGGAGCCUCCUCCUACGGCUACUGCAGAGCAAAUUAGAAUUUUCGAACAAGUAACUGAACCAUUGGUUCUGCAAAAAAGAUCUUCCCUCAAAGGAAAAACUAUAAGAGAAGCUCAAAAAACUUUCCGUGUAACUGAUGCGAAUCAGUUUGUUGAACCAGGAACUUAUUUGCGAGUGCAUGUGCACCCCAAGCGUUUUCCUAGGUGCUAUGAGAUUGAUUGGAGAUCAAGGAUCAUAGCCGUGGAGGAAUCAUAUGUAGUUUUGGAUAAACCUGCUGGCACUUCAGUAGGGGAAACUACUGGCAACAUUGAAGAAAGCUGUGUAACCUUUGCAACUCGUGCCUUGGGAUUGACAACCCCUUUGAUAACUACUCAUCAAAUUGAUAACUGCACGGAAGGCUGCGUAGUAUUGGCUAGGAAUAAAGAGUAUUGCUCCGUCUUUCAUUGCAAAAUCCGGGAGAAAAAAGUGAAGAAGAUUUAUCUUGCUCUUGCAGCUUCUCCUUUACCAAUUGGAAUCAUUAAGCACUACAUGCGUCCUACUAACACGGCUCCUCGACUUAUUUCUGAAGAUUGUAUCAAGGGAUGGCAUAUUUGUCAACUUGAGGUCAUGGAUUGCAGAAAGAUUCCCUGGCCAGCUAUAGUUGUUCAAGAUGAAUAUUGUGGGUGGCCCUCUCAAGAUUACGCGUACGAGUGUAAAAUCAACCUUCUUACUGGUCGAACUCAUCAGAUUCGAGCUCAAUUUGCUGCUUGUAAGGCACCAAUAAUUGGUGAUACUAUGUAUAUGCCUGCUGCAAUUGCAGAGAUGAUUAAUCCUGGACUUAAUCCAUUUGGAAAAUACAAUAAAGAUUUCAGUAGUGAGAGUGAAAAAGAAACGGCUGUAAUAAAUUGGAUCGCACAACACGGAAAAGAGCCCAGUGUUGCAAUUGGCCUUCAAGCUUGUCAAAUUUCAUGGGACGAUGAUGAAUACAUUUACAGAGCUGGUUUGCCUUGGUGGAAUUAUUCUUGAGUUGAGAAUAUGUCAGAUGUGCUGUUGGACUAAAUUUUGUAAAAUUUCAAAUUCAAACUACACUCUUGAAUCAUACUAACAAGCAACAAAAUUGCAAACAAGUCCUUCAAUUAAACUUAUCUAAUGUGUUGUGGCUUUUUGAGAAUGUGCAUGCGACAUUUGCCACUUCGGCGUCAUGCUUGUGAUCAAUGAACACUGCAAUGGUAAUGUUGAGGGUAUUUUUACAGUAAUCCUUUAACACUAUGGACUCCCCAGGUACAUGCUCUUCAUUUUCCUCUUACAUGCAAUCUGCUAUUGAUAUGUUGUACUGUUGUAUCUAUACUUGAUCUUGGUCUAUUAGAGCAUAGAAUAAAUCCUUCAAUUUGUGUCAAAGCUUUGAGAAAUCUGACAAAUGGACAUGAAUUUCUUCUAGUGUAUUCAAUUCCACCAGAUUUUGCAUGUAACUAAACCCAAAGAAUUCAUAUAUGAAUGUAAUGAAAUUCCUAUA